GGCGGACGGCGCCAUGUACGUGACGGAGCAGCACGGUCAGCAGGAGCAGCUGACCGUGCAGAUCGACAUCAGCAUGCCGCACCUGGCGCACAACGACCUCUACUCGGGCCACAAGCGUUUCAGCAAGCGCAGCAACCUGCACACGGAGCAGCAGCAGAACACCAACAACAACAACAAUUUGAACUCGAAGAAGCAGAGCGUCUACCACAAGCGCUGCACCCUGGAGGAGCUGCUCGAGCCUGCCCUGUCGCCAGCCAACAGCCAGGGCUCAGGGUCGGCGUCGGGCCAGGGUCAGGGUAAGAAGCCGUUCAUCACGGUGGUGAAGAGCGGCAAGUUCCUCGACCCGCCACCCGACAACAAGGUGAGCUGCUACCUGAGGAACAACCAGUCGCUCCACGGCUCGCAGCUGCUCGUCUACUCGUACUGCAGCAGGCCCAGGGUGAUGCAGCCGGCGCCCAAGGUCCGGCCCAAGGAGAACAACAACAACAACACCCUCAACAAUUUUAACUACUACCAGCAGGCCAACAAACAGGCCCUGCUGCACGCCAGUGAGAACACCCUCCGCGCCAAGCGGGCCGUCAACAACAACGAACCAAACCAGCAGGACGGCGGGCCCAACCCCUACGGCAACAUCAUGUACGACAAGAGGGUCGUCAGAGGCUCCAACUUCACGCAGCACCCCGCACAGACGCAGCAGCAAGAGCGCAAAUGGAACCCGUAUUUCGGGUACGCCAAAUUGUUGUCGCAGCCGCAGCCUGCUGAGCGGCUGGAGGAGUCCCGACGGCGCGCGGCGGCCCGGAGAAGGGUGCGGCCCUCGAAGGCCUUCCGCAAGUUGGGCACGCCGCCCCCCGUUGACGGCAGACACCACACCAACGUACAGACUGACAUUAACUUAGAAGAGAUUACCGAGAGGCCGAGGGAGCUCGAGGCUUCUUGCCAAACGGACGCGGGCUGGGAGAGACCCCGGUCGCCGCCCUGCGUGCCAAUCAAGCACGGCACCGACCAGCACACGCAAGUUUGGCCCGGCGAGCUGUUUGACUUCGAGAACGACAGCCAGCCCGUGGUGGGCGGCGUGGUGGGUCGGGCGCUGGAGCAGGCGCUGUCCGAGGUGCUGCAGGAGGAGGAGGUGGCGGCGCUCAGGGCGCAGCAGCGCCGCCUCCACGAACUGCGGCUGGCCGAGUGGGCCGAGGCGCGCCGCGUGCAGGAGCGCGAGUUCCGCCUGCAGAAAGAAAAGGAGGUGCGGACGCGCGAGCAGGAGGCCGCCUACCAGGAGCAGAAGAGGGCCGAGGAGCGCGCCGCCGCCCUCGCCCUCAGCCAGGCCAUGCUCGAGGAGCUGCUGCCCUCCGUGCUCGAGGGACUCGCCAAGGCUGGACAAAUCCCUGCACCCGUGCAGAAAGAAGUUGAGACUGGAACCGGUGUGAUGCCGUGGCUGAUCGAGGAGGUGGCUCAGGAAAUGAAGACGAUGAUCACCAGCCGGCACGUGAUUUCAGACAUCGUGCGGGAGGUGCUAGAAACGAGAGCAGAGCUGCGCCAGGCUUGCGGCGAAGAUGAAAUUGAAGAGGAGAACGAAGAUCAGCAAAAGUCCGCAGAGGACGAGCCAGAGCAAAACAGCUAGAAAAGUGUUCCUUUCAUCCGGUGACAUCUCUAUUAAACUCUCUCUCUCUUUCUCACUUACUGUUUAGACGGACAGCUCAGAGUACAACUUCUCGGACCAAAUCUCUUAUUCAGAAGCACCAUAUCUAUCUGCAGAAUUUUAAUUAGCUCCGCAAGUUCAAAUAAAUCUUACUCUCUCAUUCUUCUCUCGAUUAUUAGAUGGAAAAACUGUCUCGAUCGUUCUCAUUAAUAUAAUACACCGUGUAUUUUUAUAGAUUUUGCAGUGUUUAAAUAUUUUUUGGCCAAUCAUAUUGUUUAGAAAUUAAUGGGGUGUCUUUCCUGAUUCAUUUAAAACAAUAAGUAAUAGCUGAAAUUAAUACCAAAUUUUAGGGUGAAUUUAUUUAAGAGUUUAAUGAUAUGUUCAUUUUUUGUAAUUUAAAUAAAUUUUUAGGAACACAAGAUUGAACUUAGGUUGGUCUGUUUAGCCUAUUACAAACCUGCAAAAAAAACAGUUCGUCUAUGUCUGGAAAUUUUUUAGCAUGGGGAAUUUGUUUUAAACAGGAAUGAUACUGCAAAAGCCUGGAAAGCAAUGCAUAAACUCGUCCCUUAGGAUUCAGUUAAAGCCUAAAUUUUCCUAAGGAGCGCUGUAUUUUUUUGAGAAAAUUGGCUGGAAAGUUGCCGUGCUGUUCAAAUAGUAAUGGCUGUCUCCUUACUUGGAAUCCGAUUUUAUUUCAAAAGCAAGAGUUUCCCCAAUAAGUGGCAAACACAAUUGGACAGAUCUCGACGAGAGGAAUCGGAAUAUGCCAAGAAAAUAAGUUCAGGCACCGUAAAUUUUGGAGAAAAUUGGCAAAAUUUGAAUUUUUACUGUAGGGAGGUCAUUUUUUAUUAUUGCAAAUUGCUGAACAAAUUGUUUAUCGAUCAAUUGUUUGUGGCAUCCAACAAUUCAAAUAAUGUUCAAUUGAUGCCCUGUAUCAUUCCACUUAAAAUUGUUGAGAGCCAAUCACAAAUGGAGAUUGCUGCUUAAUUGUUUUGUUUAUAUUAUCUACAUACAAUGAUACAGACAAGAAUGUAAAUUUGUAACACAUGUGUUGUGAAAUUUCCUAUUGUUAAUGAUAUAAGAUUUUUGAACUGUCACAUUUUUACUUUUGGAAUGGAUUGAUUAUUUUGUUAAUAUCAAUUUCACUGUCAAUAUAUUUCCCUUUUUUUUUCUUCAGAUUAGAUUCAAUUAUAUUCAAAUUAUUUCCCACAAUUUGGUUACUGGGCUACGUUUGACGCAAAGCUUUUAAGAUGCCAAAAUUAAAAUUUGAAGUAGUAUUUUUGUAAUUGAACUUUAGUUCAAUUCCCAAAUUGGGCAUUGUUUUAAUUGAUAUUAAUUGUUAUUCUUCAAUGAAAUCGUUACAAUUUGAGGUUUUGAAAUGAAAAUCGUGCCAUAUAGUGCGAUUAAUUUGAGAUAAUUUAAUUAAAUAUAUGAAAUUAAUUUUAUGUUGCAAUCAAACCUAAAAAUCAUUUUCUAUUUUGAAUAUUUUAUCGCAUUAUUUUCUCUGAGGACAAAAUUAAACUGAACCCAAUUUCACUUGUACAAAAAUCAAUGCCUAAUUUGAAAAACUACAGCUUGAAUGAAAUUUGACCGACCUAAUUACGAAUCAGGAAAACCACUCUGUUUAGACUGUUUAGAAUCUUCCUGCCUGAAAUUUCGUCUCAUUCAAACACUGCUUGGAAACAUUUGUAACCUUCUAAGUAAUUUUGAGCAUGAGCACCAACAUGUUUAAAAAUUAUUUUUACUUUCAAAUAAAUCGAAAAUCGUAAUCCUACCUAACCUUGCACGGAAAGGAAGCAACCAAAGUGAUGUCAACUUGCGAAAGAAAGAAAGAACCAUUAUUGGCUUUGUACAUAAAUAAAAUAUCCUGCGUUUCCGAAAUAAAUCCGACCAUGACGUGAUAAGCAUAUUAAAUCUGCGCUGUAUUCA